UAUUGUUUCCACUGUCUUGCAAUGUUUACUUUCGCGUCCGGCGUGUAUUCGUCAACAGCUCUACCAUCUUCGUAGUGGGGUUGAUGUAUCCGAUGCUAGCCCUCCUUUCCACCCUUCUUGUUAACGCCACUGAUCUGUAUUAGCUUGACAGCUUAUUCAGAUCAGUGGUAGCCUACACGUUACACAUUGCUGUGAACGCUAACCAACAGUCUGCCGAGAGAUCCGCGUUCAUGAUGGCGAUGUUCCGCAGUUUUGUGUCGGCUACCCAGCUCAGACAGCAUCACCAUCACCCGCAAUCGAACGGGGCAGCGGCGGCGGCCGCCCCGACUGAGAGCAUCGAAAGCCAGUUUUCCUGCCCCAUUUGUUUGGAGGUCUACUACAAACCUGUCAGCAUCGUAAGCUGCGCGCACACGUUUUGUGGCGAGUGCCUGCAGCCCUGCCUGCAGGUGACGUCCCCACUCUGCCCCCUCUGCCGCAUGCCUUUCGACCCAAAGAAGGUGGACAAGUCAUCCUGCGUGGAGAAGCAGCUCUCUUCCUGCAAGGCCCCCUGCCGAGGCUGCAGUAAAAAGGUCACCCUGGUGAAGAUGAGGUCACAUAUUUCCUCCUGCACGAAGGUUCAGGAGCAGAUGGCCAACUGCCCCAAAUUUGUGCCAGUUGUGCCCACAUCCCAGCCCAUUCCCAGCAAUAUCCCAAACCGCUCCACGUUCGUGUGUCCGUACUGUGGGGCACGCAACCUGGACCAGCAGGAGCUGGUCAAACACUGCAUGGAGAACCACCGCAACGACCCCAACAAAGUGGUGUGUCCGGUGUGUUCCGCCAUGCCCUGGGGAGACCCCAGCUACAAGAGCGCCAACUUCCUGCAGCACGUCCUGCACCGGCACAAGUUCUGCUACGACACCUUCGUGGACUACAGCAUCGAUGAAGAGGCGGCGCUCCAGGCUGCCUUGGCACUCUCGCUGUCAGAGAACUGAGGACGGCACCCUGACACACCCGCCAAAAACAAGUGGGCCCUUCUCUCUCCCCCGCCCCAUCCACCCUCAGAGCUGACUGCCCCCUGCUCCACCCUGCCCCCUGCGGGAGCUGCUCCUGCCCCCUGCUCCACCCUCAGAGCUGACUGCACCCUGCUCUACCCUGCCCCCUGCUCCACCCUCAGAGCUGACUGCACCCUGCUCUACCCUGCCCCCUGCUCCACCCUCAGAGCUGACUGCACCCUGCUCCACCCUCACACCCUCUGGGACCUGGUCCUGCCCCCUUCACAGCCCUGCUCCCACAUCUGCAGUAUCCUCCAGGCCCAGUAACAUCCCGUGCUUACCCACUCCUCUCCUGUCCUGUAGAGGAAGAGGCUGCCAGUCACAUCAGCCAAUCACAGCAGGGCCGAGUGAUGACAUCAUCAGCGCUGCCCAGGAGAAGUGCAUGAAGAUAUAACCGCGAUCGGUUUCCAAGCAAUGACGUUACGCUCGUUUUUUUUUUUUCCACGUUUAGUACUUUUGUAUAAAGAUGAUGAAUAUCAUGAAUAUCAUGAAUGUGUGUGUGUGUGUGUGUGUGUGUGUGAGAAGACGGCAAACAAACAUGAUUUUUAUUUUACUUCAGCGUGUUUUUUCUCUAGCUUAUAAUUUUGUAUUUUUUAACGGACCAAACCACAGUGUUCACAGCAUAGCGGAACGGCCUCCUUCUUCAGGAGGUUCACUUCUGAUGGCAGGCAGUAUUAGUCAAGUACAGAAAAUGGUGUGCCUCUUUUGGAUGGAAAAAAUCCAAAAAAAGCCUCCAGUUCCCCGUAUUUACUAGAGUUCUUUUCAACACGUGCACGUUUUUCUACAUGAGUCUCAUAACACGCUUAUUUUAUAGUCAACUAACCAAACGAUAGCAAUGCAUCUCUCCUCCAAACUGCUUGUUAACUUGCUACAAUUGUAUUUUUUAUGAAACAUCAGAUAAGAUUGAAAAAAUAUAUAUUUUUUAAACCGUUUCAGUUUCAAAUGGUGCACUAAUAAGAAGGUAUGAGUAACACACAUUAGGGAUGUGUUGGUUUUGUUCUAUAAUUAUUAUUAUUAUAAUAAUUAUUAUUAGUAUUAUAGUUAUAAUUUUCACCAUUUUGUACUGUGGACUCAAGGACACACAGCUAAUGUAAAGGCUCUUGAGAGCACACACGUUUUUAAACAUUAUGUGUGUCCGGUCUGUGCAGGCGUGUAAUGACCAAGCUGGAACACUAGGGGGCACACCUAUUUAAAAAAUGAUGUGUUCUGGCAAUGUACAGAUCCUCCCGAAUCACCCCUGGUCAUAUUCCUUUUAGGGAAAGCUUGCUGUGUGUUUAAUGCCCCCGUAUGUACAGUACUGUUAGUGUGCACUGAUGUGUUGACAUUUCUCAGAAAGAUCUGCUCAGCUUUUGGGCCCCUGAGCUAGGCCCUUAACCCCACAUUGCUCCAGGGGGCCGAGUAUCCCCUGCUUAGUCUAAUCAACUGUAAGUCACUUUGGAUAAAAGCGUCCGCUAAAUAAUGGUAAUGUGAUGUAAUGUAAAGAGGCAGAUGUGUAUCCUCCUGUAUACGAUGUCAGUAACAAUGGCAUGAAGCCCUUCUGGGUGGUUUGUGGAGGUUGGUGUGUGGCAUAGUGUCUGUUGAAUGGAGGCCUGGUGCAGGUGUCGGUGGCAUUGGUAAAGUUGGCAGAGGGGAGGGUCGGUGACUUGGCAGGAGGUUGUGGGUAAAUGGCGAUGAGCAGAGGCCCUCGGAGAAGCCUCAGGUGCUAUCCCAUGAUCCUCUCUGUGUUCCUAGCGUGGAGACGCGGGUAAAUCGCGAGGAGGGAGCUCUUCCUUUUCGGAGAGCGAAAGGUAAAGGAAAACUGGAAAAGGAGAGCGGGAGAGAAGCUUGUUGCCCGAUGCUUCUGGUCUUCUCCGUGACCGGAACACUCCCGAGUUCUCCCGCACGCAGUCUAUCAAACUGUCUAUCCGUGGCGUGGAUUUCCCCCGUAACCCUGGGUGCAGAGUCCAGCAGACGCCAUGUUGCCCUGAGUUACCAUCCUGGUGAGACGGGGCAUCGAGCCCCUAUGUCUUGAAAAGAGAUCGCAGAAAAAAGUAAAGCACGGAAAGGAUUUGUCUACAGAUCAAGCGAGACCGAAAUAUGCAGCGUUGCGACAUAUUAAUCAAACAAAUCAAAAGAUCCAUGAUGUAGCUGAUCAAACCAGCCUUUAAAAUGGUAAUACAGACAAGCAAUAUUUUUUUAAAAGCAGCACAGCACAGCGCAUGUGUCAUUUGUGAUUUGACUCUUUACGUGGUUCUGUAAUUUGUCCUUUCGAUGCGGAACAGCAGCCUUCAGUUUAGCAUCAAAAGCUGCAGACUUUUGAUGCUGGCAUUCUCUUUAAACAUUUUUCCAGUACAACUGAAGCUUUGUGUCACCCUUUAAAAUUGGCAGAUUAGCCAUGUUUAUUAAUCUUAUUCAGCAAGAAAUCGCACGAUGGCAUACCAUCUUCCUUUAAAGUGUUCCAUGUAGAUGCGCGAUCACUGCCACAAGAAGAAACGCUUUGUGGGGAAGUUGUGCUUCGUGACGCUCCAGGCAGGCUGGAAUGAUCUGGCCGAAGGUUAAAUCUGGGACGAGAAGAUUCUGUU